AUUUUCCCCCCUUUUUGGCUCACAAUCACUUACUUUUGUGGGUCUCAAGUUCCACCCAAAAGGCCAAAACCCUCUUUUUCCUUCACCCAAAACCCCUCUUCUCUUCAGUCUUCACCCCUCGUUCAUCACUACUUCAUUCGCACUCAAUCUCCACUUGAACUUGACCACACCCCCUUCCUUUCCCGAGAAAAUGAAUCCCGAAAACUCCAAACAACCCCCGCAACUCAACCUCCAACGAGCGUUCUCUGACCUCCAACAUCAUUGCUCUAAGCUCCUCCACAACCUUCCCAACCCAUCUUCCUUCAAAACCCACAUUCAAUCUGCCGUCUCCAACUUCCAGAACCAUGCAAAACACGCCCUGGACCCCAAAAUUUCGGGCUCUUCUUCUGGGAAAAACCCGGUCUGGGCUCGGAUUGCCGAACCCAAUAAGACCCAGGUCGCGCCGGCUAGCCAAUCUGGUGGUAGUGGUGGUCGUGUCGCCCUGUCGAUCGAGGCCAUUGAAGAGCGGCUGGCGGGCGUGCCCGUCUACGCGCUAAGCAAUGCGGUCGAUGAGUUCGUGCUGGUUUCGGGCGUCUCGACCAGGAAAUCUCUCGGGUUGUUCUGUUUCAAGAAAGAGGACGCGGAGGCGCUUCUUGAGCAGAUUAGGAGCUUGGACCCCUCAAUGCAAAGUGGGUCCAAGGUGGUGGCUGUUGCUCUGAAUAAGGUCUUUCACUUGAAGCUCGAUGGGGUGGCCUUCAGGUUGAUUCCGGAGUCUUCGCAAGUCCAAAACGCUCUUAGGGAGAUGGAAAAGGCUGGUAUUUCUGAUGAUGGCUUCUCUGGGGUUCCAGUUUUCCAGUCACGGAGCUUGAUACUAAAGAGCCAAAACAAGAGCUAUCGCCCAGCUUUUUUCAGAAAGGAGGAUUUAGAAAAUUCCCUACUAAGGGCUGCUCGCGACCAGAACCAAUUAAAUCCUGCUUACAGACGAGGGGAUAUUCAGGUUGCUGUUCUGGAGGAGGUACUUAAGGGCAUGAAGGAGAGUUCUACGGCAAUGUGGGAUGACAUCGUUUUCAUACCUCCCGGUUUCGAUCUUGCUACUGAUCCCACCGAGAGGCAACUAUAAAAUGAGUAGGUCAUGGCAUCUUUAACUUGAUCAAUCAAUUCAGUAGUUAUUUGAGAGCUUUCUUUUUAUAUUUUUGGCAUUAUCUUGUACGGUAGAUAUGGAAGACCUACUGAAGUUAAGGACUGGGCAUGUAGCUACGCGUAUAUACCAUCUCAGCUAUGAAAUAUACUAUUUUUGUUAA